GAUAUGAUGUGUAAAAACUGGAUAUUAAUGUCUACUACUAUUCCUGCAAGUCCAGAAGAUGAAAUUCUUGGAAGACUUCUAAAAAUUUUGUUUGUUAUCUUUGUUGACUUUAUGUGUAUUAUAUAUGUCAUUAUAACUUCCUAA